AUGAUCAGACAAGACGUUUAUAGGAUUGAUCCGAAGCGAAGGACAACACUCGAUCAUAAAAAGAAACAGUUUGCCGUCCCAGUGUUCAAACAGCAAGACUACCCAUAUCGCUUGAACUUCUAUGAAAUCCCGCCGACCGCAGAGAUUACGCUCGAGCAAUUUGAGCAAUGGGCUAUUGAUAGAUUGAAGGUUCUGGCUGAAAUCGAGGCCUGCUCUUAUCGAAAUAAAUCGGCCGCAGAGACUGCUGCGCACAUCACACCUUUGCUUCAAAAAUACCUUCCCCUUUCCUCAAAUACGUCUUCCUCCUCUGGAGCCGCCGACCAGCGAUUGAAAAAUGAGCGCCAAAAAGAUCACUAUUCUCACUUCAUUCUUCGACUGGCAUUUUCAGCCACGGAAGACCUCCGUCGGCGAUUCGUGCGGGCUGAAACGAUGCUCUUCAGAUUCAGAUUUCAGCAGGAUGAUUCCAGAGAGAAACGUGCCUUUGUAGAGAGUCUCAACCUCGAUUUGGAGCCUGUUACUGAGGAAGAGAAAUCGGUGCUCUAUGAGCACCUCUUGAGUGCGACACCGGGCUUACGCCGCAUUGACGAGGAGACGUGGUACAAGGUGGACUGGGAGAGAGUGCCCGAGCUGGUGGAACGGCGAUCAGUAUUUCUGUCCAGAGGAAAAGCAUACGUGCCCAGUAGAGAACAGUUGAGCAUGAUCGUUGCAGAAUUCAGUAGUCGAUUGGAGCGUGCUCUUGAGCUUACGAGUCGGGCCUUGCCACGCCUGGAUGAGGAUGAUCGUCUCACGCCCAUAUUGAAUCACUUAUCCAAAAAUUUUGGAAGCGCGGAAUCAGUAUACUCAGAGGGCGAGGGAGUCGUCGACGAUGCUGCGAUCACGGCGCAGAAUAUUGACAAACUCUCCCACCAUUUCCCACUUUGUAUGCGCAGCCUACACAUGACGCUGCGCAAGAGCAAUCAUUUGAAGCACUAUGGCCGUCUCCAAUACACACUUUUCCUAAAAGGAAUUGGGCUGUCGCUCGAGGAAUGUAUUCUCUUCUGGCGCCAGUCCUUCAAGGGUUUUACGGACGAUGAAUUUAACUCCCGAUACAAGUACAAUAUCCGCCAUGCUUUCGGAGACGUUGGUGGAGAUGUCAACCGCCGAGGCCGGGGAUAUCCUCCUUAUUCGUGCCAGAAAAUCCUCAAUGACUCCAAUCCUGGUGUUGGUCAGACUCAUGGCUGCCCUUACCGACAUUUCUCCGUCGACAAUCUUAUAGGGCUUCUUCAGUCCACGGGUGUGCAUGAUAAGGAGUUGCUCCGCGGGGUGCGAGAGGACGUUGAAAAGACACGAUACCAUAUUGCUUGCAACAGGGUAUUUGAGUGGACACAUAAAGCAGACAUCAAGAGAGUCAAAGAAGAUGGAUCAUGGAGUCAAACCGAUUUAGACACCAUUGUCCACCCAAAUACCUACUUCAAGCGCAGCUAUCUCCUUUCCCAGACUCAAAAGACAACCAAGGAUACUUAA